AUGCGCUUCCUACCCUCCUUUGUGCCCUCCCUCCUGCUCCUGGCUGCCGGUGCAGCUCAGGCCGCGUCGUCUUGGGGAUUCGACGAGGGAACCGUGUCCGUGGGCUCCAAGAAGGCCGACGGAGCUGUCAAGGAGAAGUUCACCGAGAAGAAGCUCCCCAAGGCCCCCGUGGCCUUUGGCGCCGCCGACACCCUCAAGCUCAUCAUCACCGCCCAGGAGAAUGGCAAGGGGAAGCGCCCGCACCAGGCCUUCCUGGUCCUGCAGGAGACCGAGACUGGCCUCGAGGCCCCCUUCCCUCUGACCGUCAAGGAGAGCGGCAAGGCGACUGUCGACAUUAAACAUGCCGAUAUCCCCGUCCAGCUUCUGGUCUCGUCCAAACCCCUCAAGGCCUCGUUGGUCAUCGCCUCCUUCGGCUCGUCCGAUGGUUACAACAAGCCCGUCUUCGAUGUCCAGAUCAAGCUGGACCCCAACGCCGCGCCCCCCGUCUACGAGAAGCCCCUGCGCUACGGCAAGCUCGACGAGAUCCACCACAUCUUCCGCGACGACCCCAAGAACCCGCCCAAGGUCAUCUCACUGGUGUUUGCGCUCGCUGUUGUCGCCACAGUUCCCGCUCUGUUCGUUGGCUGGCUCGCGCUGGGCGGCAAUGUUGCGCACCUCCAGAAGGCAUUCUCGGCUGCUCCUGUUUCGCACGGUGUCUUCUUCGGCUCCAUCAUCGGCAUGGAGCUCGUCUUUUACCUUUACUACGUCAGCUGGAACCUCUUCCAGGUCCUGCCUGUCGCUGGUGUCGUCGGGGUCGUCAUUUUCCUCAGCGGCACCAAGGCGUUGGGCGAGGUGCAGAGCAGACGCCUCGCAGGCGAGCGGUAA